CAUUUUCUGUUACGGAAGCACAGUUGUAGAGGGCAUGGCAGGAAUGAGUGAGUGAACAGCAGCAUGACAACAAGUUAUGUCAGUAAUACUUGUGUUAUUUUCCUUCUAAAUUAAAUACGCAGACAUGUUUCGUAGGAGUCGAAACUUGAGAUAUGUUCUCAGUCUCGUGCCGGGCAAACGACGAUUAGGAACAUAUAGAUUCCUACCCUUUUUUUUCUGCAUUGGAGGAGUAAUGGAAUGGAUCAUGAUAAACGUGAGAAUGGGAAAAGAAACGUUUUAUGAUGUCUACAGAAGAAAGCAAUCAGAAAGGGCUUAUCAAGCGAAGAUUGAUGAGGGACUUGCAGCAAAUCCCGCGUCGGGUGAAAACCACUGAGGCCAUUGUUGCAUCCAUGACGUGCUUUACGCAGACUCUGGAUUUACUAGAGGACUUGCCUUUGAUAUCAGGUCUCUGCACCAUGACAUAUUCAUUUGUUAAUUGCUGUGGAUUUAUUUAUUAUGAAUUAACUUUAAGUCAUGGUCUCGUCUCGUGUCCUGCUUUGUACAAAAUAAGCAGCCAAAUGGAUUGAUUUGUGUUAACUGUACAGCCUUAUGAUGUGCCAGUGGCUGUCUUCAUUGCCGUUUAAUGAAGGAUAAUAGGGAACUUUACCCUGGGAAUCAGUCAUUUCAAAGAAAUUAAACGGUUGUGUCUGUU